AUGUACCGAAUUUUACUUACAGGAGUAUGCAACAAAAACCCAUGCAAAAAUAAUGGAGUUUGUGAAGCAAAAGAAGGAAAAGCCACAUGUCAGUGUAAAGAUGGUUUUAAGGGGACUCAUUGUGAACACAAAUAUCCAUGUCAUGCGGGAAACAAUCCUUGCAAGAAUGGUGCAGCCUGCAAAAAUGAAAACCACAAGGCUAAGUGUACUUGCAAGGCCGGAUUCAAGGGGACCAACUGUGAACACAAAGAUCCUUGCCAUGCUGGAAACAGUCCAUGCAAAAAUGGUGCAGCCUGCAAAGAUGAAAACCACAAGGCUAAAUGCACUUGCAAGGCCGGCUUCAAGGGGACUCAUUGUGAACAUAAAGAUCCUUGCCACGCUGGAAACAAUCCGUGCCAGAACGGUGCAGCCUGUAAAGAUGAAAACCACAAGGCUAAAUGUACUUGCAAGGCCGGCUUCAAGGGGACCAACUGUGAACACAAAGAUCCUUGCCAUGCUGGAAACAGUCCAUGCAAAAAUGGUGCAGCCUGCAAAGAUGAAAACCACAAGGCUAAAUGUACUUGCAAGGCCGGCUUCAAGGGGACUCAUUGUGAACAUAAAGAUUCUUGCCACGCUGGAAACAAUCCAUGCAAGAACGGUGCAGCCUGUAAAGAUGAAAACCACAAGGCUAAAUGUACUUGCAAGGCCGGCUUCAAGGGGACCAACUGUGAACACAAAGAUCCUUGCCAUGCUGGAAACAGUCCGUGCAAAAAUGGUGCAGCAUGCAAAGAUGACAAUCACAAGGCUAAAUGUACUUGCAAGGCCGGCUUCAAGGGGCUUAAUUGUGAACAUAAAGAUCCUUGCCAUGCUGGAAACAAUCCGUGCAAGAAUGGUGCAGCCUGCAAAGAUGAAAACCACAAGGCUAAAUGUACUUGCAGGGCCGGCUUCAAGGGGACCAACUGUGAACACAAAGAUCCUUGCCAUGCUGGAAACAGUCCGUGCAAAAAUGGUGCAGCAUGCAAAGAUGAAAACCACAAGGCUAAAUGUACAUGCAAGGCCGGCUUCAAGGGGACUCAUUGUGAACACAAAGAUCCUUGCCAUGCUGGAAACAGUCCGUGCGAAAAUGGUGCAGCAUGCAAAGAUGACAAUCACAAGGCUAAAUGUACUUGCAAGGCCGGCUUCAAGGGGCUUAAUUGUGAACACAAGGAUCCUUGCCACGCUGGAAACAAUCCCUGCAAGAAUGGUGCAGCUUGCAAAGAUGAAAACCACAAGGCGAAAUGUUUUUGCAAAACCGGAUUCAAGGGGCCAAAUUGUGAACACAAAGAUCCUUGCCACGGUGAAAACAAUCCGUGCAAAAAUGGGGCAGCUUGCAAAGAUGAAAAACACAAGGCUAAAUGUACUUGCAAGGCCGGAUUCAAGGGGACCAACUGUGAACACAAAGAUCCAUGCCAUGCUGGAAACAAUCCGUGCAAGAAUGGUGCAGCCUGCAAAGAUGAAAACCACAAGGCUAAAUGUACUUGCAAGGCCGGCUUCAAGGGGACCAACUGUGAACACAAAGAUCCUUGCCAUGCUGGAAACAGUCCGUGCAAAAAUGGUGCAGCAUGCAAAGAUGAAAAUCACAAGGCUAAAUGUACUUGCAAGGCCGGCUUCAAGGGGCUUAAUUGUGAACACAAGGAUCCUUGCCACGCUGGAAACAAUCCCUGCAAGAAUGGUGCAGCUUGCAAAGAUGAAAACCACAAGGCGAAAUGUUUUUGCAAAACCGGAUUCAAGGGGCCAAAUUGUGAACACAAAGAUCCUUGCCACGCUGGAAACAAUCCCUGCAAGAAUGGUGCAGCUUGCAAAGAUGAAAACCACAAGGCGAAAUGUUUUUGCAAAACCGGAUUCAAGGGGCCAAAUUGUGAACACAAAGAUCCUUGCCACGCUGGAAACAAUCCCUGCAAGAAUGGUGCAGCUUGCAAAGAUGAAAACCACAAGGCGAAAUGUUUUUGCAAAACCGGAUUCAAGGGGCCAAAUUGUGAACACAAUGAUCCUUGCCACGCUGGAAACAAUCCCUGCAAGAAUGGUGCAGCUUGCAAAGAUGAAAACCACAAGGCUAAGUGUACUUGCAAGGCCGGAUUCAAGGGGACCAACUGUGAACACAAAGAUCCUUGCCAUGCUGGAAACAGUCCAUGCAAAAAUGGUGCAGUCUGCAAAGAUGAAAACCACAAGGCUAAAUGUACUUGCAAGGCCAGCUUCAAGGGGACUCAUUGUGAACAUAAAGAUCCUUGCCACGCUGGAAACAAUCCGUGCAAGAACGGUGCAGCCUGUAAAGAUGAAAACCACAAAGCUAAAUGUACUUGCAAAGCCGGAUUCAAGGGGACCAACUGUGAGCACAAAGAUCCUUGCCACACUGGAAACAAUCCCUGCAAGAAUGGUGCAGCAUGCAAAGAUGUAAACCACAAGGCUAAAUGUACUUGCAAGGCCGGCUUCAAGGGGACUCAUUGUGAGCACAAAGAUCCCUGCCACGGUGAAAAUAAUCCGUGCAAAAAUGGUGCAUCUUGCAAAGAUGAAAAAUACUCGGCUAAAUGUACUUGCACGGCCGGAUUCAAGGGGGAAAACUGUGAGCACAAAGAUCCAUGCCAAGCUGGAAACAAUCCGUGCAAGAAUGGUGCAGCCUGUAAAGAUGAAAACCACAAGGCUAAGUGUAUUUGCAAGGCCGGAUUCAAGGGGACCAACUGUGAGCACAAAGAUCCUUGCCACACUGGAAACAAUCCCUGCAAGAAUGGUGCAGCAUGCAAAGAUGAAAACCACAAGGCUAAAUGUACUUGCAAGGCCGGCUUCAAGGGGACUCAUUGUGAACACAAAGAUCCUUGCCAUGCUGGAAACAGUCCGUGCAAAAAUGGUGCAGCCUGCAACGAUGAAAACCACAAGGCUAAGUGUACUUGCAAGGUCGGAUUCAAGGGGACCAACUGUGAACACAAAGAUCCUUGCCACUCUGGAAACAAUCCCUGCAAGAAUGGCGCAGCCUGUAAAGAUGAAAACCGAGAAGCAAAGUGUACUUGCAAGGCCGGAUUCAAGGGGACCAACUGUGAACACAAAGAUCCUUGCCAUGCUGGAAACAGUCCUUGCAAAAAUGGUGCAGCCUGCAAAGAAGAAAACCACAAGGCUAAAUGCACGUGUAAUGUCGGCUUCAAGGGGACCAACUGUGAACACAAAGAUCCAUGCCAUAAGACAAACAACCCUUGCAAGAACGGUGCAGCAUGUGCAGAUACUGAUCGUGAAGCGAAGUGCACCUGUAAAGCCGGUUUCAAGGGAACUCAUUGUGAACAUAAAGAUCCUUGCCACGCUGGAAACAAUCUGUGUAAGAAUGGUGCAGCUUGCAAAGAUGAAAACCACAAGGCAAAAUGUACUUGCAAUGCCGGAUUCAAGGGGACCAAUUGUGAACACAAAGAUCCUUGCCACGGUGGAAACAAUCCCUGCAAGAAUGGUGCAGCUUGCAAAGAUGAAGACCACAAAGCUAAAUGUACUUGCAAAGCCGGAUUCAAGGGGACCAACUGUGAGCACAAAGAUCCUUGCCACACUGGAAACAAUCCCUGCAAGAAUGGUGCAGCCUGCAAAGAUGAAAACCACAAGGCAAAAUGUACUUGCAAGGCCGGAUUCAAGGGGACCAAUUGUGAACACAAAGAUCCUUGCCAGGUUGGAAACAAUCCCUGCAAGAAUGGUGCAGCUUGCAAAGAUGAAGACCACAAAGCUAAAUGUAUUUGCAAAGCCGGAUUCAAGGGGGGCAACUGUGAACACAAGGAUACUUGCCAUGCUGGAAUCAAUCCCUGCAAAAAUGGUGCAUCAUGUUCAGAUGAUAAUCAUGUAGCGAAGUGCACGUGCAAGGAAGGAUUUGAUGGGCUCCACUGCGAAAACCGUCACGUUCAUCAGCAUGAUCAUGGUCAUGAUCAUCACCACGACCACCACCAUGAUGAUGACCAACACCAUCAUGACGAUGAACACCACCAUAAUCACACUGAUGUUAAUGAUGGUGACAACCAUCACCACCACCAUGAUGAUCAUGACCACGACCAUCACCAACACGAACAUGAUGAUGACCAUCACCACCAUGAUCAUCAUAACCACCACGGUCACCAUCACCACCAUGGUCACCAUCACCACCAUGAUGAUGACCAUCACCACCAUGAUCAUCAUGACCACCAUCAUCACCACCACGAUGACGUCCACCGCCAUGAUCACAAUGAGAUGGUUGAGUUGAUCACCUAACGAGCUGAUCGUGAGAGAGCGACUAUUUCCGAAUGUUUAAUUGGAAUAAGGAUAGCAAUAUGACUACGACAUUAACGCACGAGUAGACAAUAAUUUCUAUUGCAGAUUUCAAUCGUAAGAUGAACGUGCUCAUUUCUAGAUUUUACUAUUGCAGUUUUGAGACUAAAGUAAUGUUAUUUCAAUUGUAUUGUACAUCAUGUUAUGGUUCCGUUCUCUGAGGCAUUGAUGGUCGAUCCAUUAACGAUUUCUAUAUUGCAUGAAGAAAGGCUGUUAGGAGGGUCCUUGAACUACAUCCAAUGACAUAUUCUGUCCUUCUACCACUUGCCGAUCGAACUUACUAUUCAUACAAGACUACUGAAUUUUACGAAGAGAUCCAAAAGUGCAAAUGAACAUCUGUGCUUGGCGACCAACCUUACUGUUAGAGGAAGUAGUUCUGCUGUAUCAAAGUCUUUGUUAUACAUUGCCAGUAACAAGCGUGAAUGUACGAUUGCAAUUUGCGAGGUUGGAUAUCGGAAUACAGACAGAAUGACUGCAGGCCUUAUAGGUGAUCUCCUGAGGCUACGAGAUGCAGGUGAGAACAAGCCAGAUAUCAAUGAUUUGAUAGGUCAAGCUGGUGUGGUUGAGCUGUUGCGCGGAUCUCCAUUUUGAAGGGGUCACGUAUAAAGAACUGAUCUACACACUGCUGGUAAUCCGAUUUGUGUAAGCUAAGAAUAUAUUAUGUUUUUUCAUCUUACGACAAAAAAUUUAACUGCCAAUUUAUGCACCAUCUCACUUUCGCACCAUGCACUACUAAACUAAUUAUUACUAAUAUUACUUAUUUACAAUAAUAAAGAAUAUAUAUGUUAAAUACAUAAUGCUAUGAAUAAAAUAGGAAUUAUCAAUGGCAUGUACCUGGAUCCCAAAUCACAGGGGUACGGUAUCGUAGACGGCGUCUGCUCUGCUUGCGAAUAGGUAGACGCGCAAUGCAAAUCAUUGGUCAUUUGAUUCAGUCGUACUGUUAAUUAACCACACCUUGUGACCACUUGUAACCAUAAAAAUACGAUGAGAGAUGUCCAAUAUGAUAUUUAUUCUGCUUCAUAUCUAAUAAAAUAUAUAUG